GAUGCCGGCGCUGAUGCCGGCGCUGCCGCAGGGCUCCUCGGCCCCGCGGCCGCUCGGCAGCCCCGGCGCGAUCGCCCUGCGCGGGGCAUGAAGUUGCGGCGGCGGCGGCGGCAGCGCGGCGGGCGGAGCGGGGCGGGCGGCCCCGGCCGCGCCUCCUCUGCGGGGUCAUAGUCCCGAGCGGGCUCUCCGCGCCUGGGCGAGCGGUGCCGCUGCUCGCCAGCCCUCCCGCUCCGCUCGCCGCCGCAGUCGUGCGGCCAGCCCAGCCCAGGCGGCCGGGGCGCGCUCCCCGCGAUGUGCGCGCAGCGGCGGGCGGCCGCCGGCCCGCUCCCAUAGCCCUGCCGGCAGCGCGGCGGCUGGCGGGGCCCCUCGGGAAGUUUGAUGGCUUCUUUGAGGAGAGUCAAAGUCCUGCUGGUGUUAAACCUGAUCGCCGUGGCUGGCUUCGUCCUCUUCCUGGCCAAGUGCAGACCCAUCACGACCAAGAGCGGCGACUCCUACCAUGACAUCCAUCCCAGGGCAGAAGUGGCCAACUUGACAGCACACGGCAUCAGCUCCAUCCAGGAUGCAGUGCUGAAGAGGCUCUCGCUCCUAGAAGACAUCGUCUACAGGCAGCUGAAUGGUCUCUCCAAGUCCCUUGGUCUCAUUGAGGGCUAUGGUGGCCGUGGCAAGGGUGGCCUCCCAGCCACCCUGUCCCCCGAGGAGGAGGAGAAAGCCAAGGGACCCCACGAGAAGUAUGGCUACAACUCCUACCUCAGUGAGAAGAUUUCCCUGGACCGUUCCAUCCCGGAUUAUCGCCCCACCAAGUGCAAAGAGCUGAAAUACGGGAAGGACCUGCCCCAGAUCUCCAUCAUCUUCAUCUUUGUGAAUGAGGCGCUGUCGGUGAUCCUGCGCUCGGUGCACAGCGCCGUCAACCACACCCCGGCCCCCCUGCUCAAGGAGAUCAUCCUGGUGGACGACAACAGCGACGAGGAGGAGCUGAAGGCGCCGCUGGAGGAGUACGUCAACAAACGCUACCCGGGGCUGGUCAAGGUGGUGAGGAACCAGAAGAGGGAAGGGCUGAUCCGGGCCCGCAUCGAGGGCUGGAAGGCUGCCACGGGCCAGGUCACCGGCUUCUUUGAUGCCCACGUGGAGUUCACUGCUGGCUGGAUGAUUUUCCAUUCCCUUAGCCUUAAGUAAUUCCUGCAAGUUGAAAAAAGCCCUGGCAGCAAGGGAAUGAAG